AUGGCCCCUUACCGCUCAGCGCGCUUGGUGGCCCCUCUUGGGUUUCCGCCUCGACCGUCUUCACCGCCUCUGCAGCCCGUCGCUGUGGAAUCUGGCGCUGUAGGAGGUGGUGACACUGGGGGUGCGGGUGCUCAGUGUCCUACGGUUAUAGGGGGUGCUGGAGGUACUAGAGCCGGUGGUGCUAGUACUGGUGUGACUGGAGUUGGCAGUGCUGGAGGUACUGGUGCUGGAGGCGCUAGUGCUAGAGCCCCAGUGGCGGAGCUGGACGUGCUGGAGCUGGAGCUACUGGAGCUCCCCGAUGGCGGAGCUGGACGUGCUGGUACUACUGGAGCUGGAGGUUCUCGUACUGUUUGUGCUGGAGGUGCUGGAGGUACUGGAGCUGCUGGUGCUGGAUGUAGUGGAGCUAGUGGUGCUAGAGGUGCUGGAACCGGAGGUGCUGGAGGCAAUGGAGCUGCUGGUGCUGUAGGUACUGGAGCUACUAGUGCUAGAGGUGUUGGAGCUAGAGGUGCUGGAGGUAUUGGAGCUGCUGGUGCUGGAGGUAAUGGAGCUACCGGUGCUAGAGGUGCUGGAGAUGGAGGUGCUGGAGGUACUGGAGCUGCUGGUGUUGGAGGUACUGGAGCUACUGGUUGUGGAGGUGCUGGAGCUCGAGGUGCUGGAGGUCCUGGAGCUAGAGGCUAUGGUACUGUGGGUAUUGUACGACCGUUUUCCUACCCGCAGCCGCAGUCGUCCCUGCCGCCGCCUGACUCGGCACUUCGUCAAUUUCUUAGUCUUAUGUCUUCCACUUGCCUUACUUGGCCUUUCCUGUGUCCUUUGCCUGACCAGUCACAACCACAGUUACUGACUGGCUCCCCACUACCUGCUCCUUCCCCGUACGCUGUGCAGACAGGUUCCCUUGCAGAGUGUUGUGAGCCUGAGUCUCGUCCUGCCUCACAUGUUCACACUGUUAGUCGUGCUCGUCGUCCUCGUCCUCCACCUCUCCCUGGCACACACACCAUGGCACUUCGUCCUUCCUCUGUUCCACAGAAUGAUGCUAUGCCGUCUCCUCCGACAUCCUCUCUUAUUGACGUUCUAGACCUCGAGUCCGACCUUGCACAAGCUGCUAGUCCUACUGUCACGCACUUCUUGGCUACGCUUGUCACUGACCCUUCCUUUGAGUCUGCUACUGCGAAUGCCUUAGUCACUGAGCUCGUUGACUUUGCUGCUACCUGUUGUCUCGACUACUUCACGAGUCUUAUUACUGAGUCUGAGUCUGACUGUCCUCCGUCCGCCGGGGGUGAGCUCGCCCCUUGCAGUGACGUCCUUGAGGACAGGCAGUUUGAGCUUGAGUGCCUCGCGGCAGUUUUACCUCAUCUUGCGUCCAUGCUGCUUUGCCCUGAGGGAGACGCGAAUGCACAAGACAUCCCUACCCCAUGCUCUUACGCAGAGGCGAUCACGGGUGCGUACUCCUCUCAGUGGCAGAUAGCCAUGGACGCAGAGAUGGCUUCCUGGAAGUCUACAGGCACCUACGUCGACGAGGUUCCCCAUCCUGGGGCGAACAUUGUCGAUGGCAUGUGGAUUUUCAGAGUGAAGCGGCCGUCGGGUUCUCCGCCUGCCUUCAAGGCGCAUUAUGUUGCUCGAGGCUUCAGUCAGCGACAGGGGGUCGACUUCUUCCAUACCUUCUACCCCACCACGAAGAUGACUGCUCUUCGGGUGUUACUGCAUGUUGCAGCACAGCGUGACUACAAGCUGCAUUCCUUCGAGUUCUCCACAGCUUUCUUGCAGGGCAGCCUUCACGAGGAGAUCUGGCUGCGCCGCCCACCUGGCUUCACUGGGUCGUUUCCUGAGGGUACGCAGUGGAGCCGUCGGCGUCCAGUCUACGGUCUCCGCCUGGCGCCCAGUAAGUGGCACAACACACUGAGGACGACACUUGCGGCUCUUAGGUUUACUCCUUCGACUGCUGACCUGUCGCUUUCUGCUCACCGACCCUUCUUUGCCGCCGAUCUACAUCCUUGUGUAUGUUGA